AUGACAGACUUCGAAUCAGGAGACCUCCUCUCCGUUAUCAUCAACGUCGAUCCGUGUGAGCCCGAUUGUUUUGGCUAUGCCUCCUCGCAGCAUCGUCGGUGCCGCUGCCGCACGCGAGCGUCGAACCGGGGCUAUGCCGCCAUUCUCCUGGAAGAGGGCUCGUACAGGCUUUGCAACGGCGAGUCAGUCGACGGUCUCUUAGAUCAAGUGGCCCCCUUGCUUCUCUGCACACGUUUCCACCAGGGACAAGCGGCGGGGCUCGCGGCUCGGUGGAAGAGAGACGUGGAGAAAUACCACGAAAUGCAAGCGACGGCGCGGACGCGCCGAGCGACAAGGCUCGUCGAACAAACAGUCCGGAGGCAGACGCAGCGCGCAGAGCAAGAGCACCAACAAACAGACCAUGAGAGUCUCUUUUUGAGCCUCGAAGAGCAAGUCAACAGGCUGCUUGCAGCGAUGGAGGCACUGCCCAAUCAUUCCGAUAACACAAACACCUCUGUACGACCGUCGGAGAGAAGCCCAGCUCCCGUCACGCUAAAUCCGCCGAUGUCUUCCACCAAACCACGCAGACGAGCAGUCAGACGGCGGGCAGUGGAUGGAGAUUGUGGGAUUUGUCUGAAUCCACUCCAGAGCAGCGAGGGCCACGAGGAAGAAGAGCUGACAUGGUGCAAGGCUCAGUGCGGAGUCAACUACCACCGCAGCUGCAUAGAUGAGUGGAAAGAGACGUUCAGGACCCAGGUACGAGCGGCAACAUGCCCGACAUGUCGCGGGACGUGGAGGGAUUAA